AUGUCAAAUUAUCGUACGGAAAUGAAUAUUCCGGUGACUCGUGAUGCUCGCACGUUUGAACAACGACGACGAGACAUGCUAUCCAAUUUGGAACGACGCACAACUACCAGUACGUCGACUAUGUCACAGAAACAAGUGAUAUCCGGCACGGACCCCAUGAUCAGCCGAGCUGGAUCGGAUACCACUGCCUCCUCGUUGACCGCUGACACCGGACUGAGCGGUUCACAUCAUUCGCUGAUUCGUGGCCGGGAUGACUGGGAUCAGGAAGUAGAUCGCUGGAUCGCGGAAACUCGCAGUCGAUGGAACGAAGAUAUGCGACGAAUGAGGCAAGAUAUGUUUGCUUUGGAACCUGUGGAUGAUUUCGGCCUGGAUCGAUGGGGUCACAUGGACAGCAUUUAUCCGUUCGAUCGACCUGGUGAGCCCUCUUCCAUGAUGGCCCAGAUGGAACGUGAAAUGCAAUCGCUCAGACAGAAAAUGGACUCCAUGGGACCUCUUAGCGGUACUACACGAAUUAUGGGCCCCGGAAGUUCAACCAUACAGUCGUCCAGUUCUCGAAUCACCACAAGCUCAUCAACCAGCAGCUCAGUGCAACACUCACGCACGGUCAACGGUGUGACCACAGGAACCUCAAGUCAUUCGGCCAUGUCUAGUACAUCUCAUGGACCAGGGCAACCACAGCUGUCGCUCUCGGGUGCACCUGGCUCACUUAUUCCUCAGUCACCGGUCUCCGGUGGAAUGAACUUUUUGAAAGAUGCUUAUGAGCUGGACGAAGAUGGCCAGGUUCAUUUCAAAGUGCGAUUUGAUGCGAAAGACUUUGCACCCGAGGACAUUGAUGUCACGACCGUGGAAAAUCGACUAACGGUGCAUGCGAAGAAAAAUAUCCAAUCAGGAUCAUCUUCCACAUCCAAGGAGUUCUGCCGUACAAUCGAUUUGCCUCGAUCCAUCGAUCACGAGAAAUUCAGAUGCAACCUGACUGAGGAUGGUGUUCUCAUUUUGGAUGCUCCAGUGAAAGAUCAAAGCUACAAACACAUCACAUUCCGCGAUGAUCAUCAGUUGGGAAUCAAACCUCGUAGUGAACCUCUGGAAUCCAGUCGAACAAACAAACUUAUGACGCUUGGUGUUUCCGGUCCAACGGUACUAAAAGAUGCUGGCGAUGGCCGUAAACUUCAUCUAGAAGUCCCAGUGGAUCCGGCAUUCAAAGCAGAGGAUUUGUGCGUUCGGAUGGAUGAGAAUCGCAUUAUCGUGUCCGGAAAACAAGAAACCGGGAAAGACCAACGGGAAGGUUCCAGUUCAGUACGCGAAUUUACGAAAUCUUACGAAAUUCCGGAGACAGUUGAUCCAUUCUCUGUGACAGCGUUGCUCAGCGGUACCACGCUAAUCAUUGAGGCUCCGUUAUUGCACACCGUCUAG